AUGAACUCCUUGUCGGUGGCUUUGCGGCGUGGCCAAUUCUUGAACAAGGCCUCAGCAACUUCUCAACUGUGUCAAACUCGCAACAAAUAUCGUAAGUUGUUAAGCUUUAUAUUGCUUUUGAAGUUUAGGUUUGAAAGCAUUGGAUUUAAGGUUAAUAUCGAUAACUACGUCUGAAAUUUGGCUUAAAUUAUAGUUUUCUGUGACAUAAACUUGUUGCUUAUGUUCACUCCAAAAACAAAGUUUAAGUUCAUACUUAUUUUAAAAAUUUAGGCUACGUUGGAGCUCCGGCGAUGUCUGAUGGCUCGCUGAAAGGUGAUAUGGAAGCGGCUUACCAUUCCGUCAUGUUUACCGAGCUUAUCCGAGGUUUCGGCGUUAUGUUUGGUCACGUUUUCAUGGAGCCAGCCACGAUUAACUAUCCAUUCGAAAAAGGACCACUAUCGGCUCGAUUCCGUGGCGAACACGCGCUGAGACGUUAUCCAUCAGGUGAAGAGCGUUGUAUUGCUUGCAAAUUGUGUGAGGCUAUUUGUCCAGCUCAGGUUAGUAGGUAUAUCAUUGUAUAAGGUCUUCUGUAUCUAUAUUUAACUUUAAAAUUAAAAAAUGGACGUUUAUUUUAAAGUUUAGAUUAAAAUACGAGCUAUAUUGAUCAUGAUGGGUCCACAACAAUAUUUUUCAAAUUUCAGGCAAUUACCAUUGAAACUGAGACUCGUGCUGAUGGCAGUAGACGUACCACGAGAUACGAUAUCGACAUGACAAAGUGUAUUUACUGUGGUUUGUGUCAAGAAGCUUGUCCGGUUGAUGCUAUUGUUGAGGUAAGUAAUAUAACGGUUUCUAAUAAGUUUUGACAUUAUUUAUGUUCUUUGAGUGUUUUAAAGCGGCAGUUUUUCAGAUUUUAAAAGUGAAAAUUAUUCAAAAGUUUAAUAUAAGCUUUUUUUUAUCACUUUCAUCUUGGGUUAUGAUUUAAAAUGGCAUUUUUGGGGUAAUUUCUGAAAAUUUUAAAAUCAAACUUUUUCAAAAUUAUUUUUAAAAAAUCUUCAGGGCCCUAACUUUGAAUACUCGACCGAAACUCACGAAGAGUUGUUGUACAACAAGGAGAAGCUGCUACUAAACGGCGACCGAUGGGAACCCGAGCUGGCAGCCAACAUUCAAGCCGAAUAUUUGUAUCGUUAA